AUGCAAUGGAAGGCGGAGUGGACAGUCGCAUGUGUCGCUGGGGUUUGUGCUACUGUAUAUGCGACGCCUCUGCUCCUUGGGAAUUGGGACUUCAUUGUGUGCUGGGACGAUGAUGUUAACUUUGCCCAGAACGGCGCCAUUCGCCACCUGGAUUGGCACCACGUCCGCGCGAUGCUUGCAGAAGUCCGUAUCGGAGUCUACGAGCCGUUGGCCCAUUUUCUCAAAGCCAUUGUGUUUGCAGCGUGUGGAUUAAACUCCCAAGCGGUUCGCCUUGUCUCGCUCAUGCUACAUGUUGUAUCGUGCUUGAUUCUCCGGGCAACCUCCAUCCGCUUGCUGGCAUUCACAACAAAAUCCUUCGACACGACGUCCAUGUCGGUGGGAUGCACAAUCAGCGCCGUCCUCUACGGUAUCCACCCUCUCAAUGUUGAAGUCGUCGCGUGGCCAUCUGCCCAACCAUACACGCUGGCACAAUUCUUCACAAGCUCAUGCCUUUACGUUCAUGUUGUCAACAGGACCAGUGGCAAUACGGGGCUGGCUCGCCACGUUAUGCCUACAGUGCUGUACGGUUGUGCGGUUCUAAGCAAGAGUGUGGCGGUUCUCACGCCUGUGGGGCUGGUGUUGAUCGAUGUAUUGGUGCACAUCGUUAAGAUCGACUCCAACAAGUUGACAUUUCGAUCUCUCGUUCUGCAAUUCCUUCAGGCGUUCGCUGGCUUUGGCAUUGUGGGGCUAAUGGCUAUUUGGACGAUGGUCAUGUCCAACCAAGGCGGGGAUUCGUGGGAGGCAGACCCACUGCACAUUCCUUUCCACGAACGACUGGUCAAGGUGUUCGUCAUGCUGACUUGCGCAUUGCAAAUGUGGUUGUGGCCCACCGAGUUAAGAGCUCAUUAUCAACUCCGCCCUGGCGACAUGAACAUCCCAAACAACGCCGCGAGUCUCUUAUCCGUGGCGUCCUGCGUCGGGAUUACAAUGUGGUGUGUCUGUGCAGUCUCGACACACCCUGGCAUGUUGGCCGCGUGGGUGUACUAUGUCGUGAUGUUCCUACCCGUGUGUGGGUUGGUUCAGCAUGGAAUCAUCACACUCACGGCAGAUCGAUACGCCUACUUUCCAACGGUCGUGUUCAUUCCAGUGCUUGGAGCGUGUAUUGCCCAUGGCAUCCAGUCUGCCAGGAUGUCCUUGGCGUGGUUUGCAAUCGUGGCCAUGGUGCUUGCCAUGCUUAGUGCCAAUCAAGUAAACUCGUGGCGAAACGACGAAGUGCUUUGGCUUCACAACAUUCAGCAUGACCCUUCGGAUUGGCGGGCGUUGGAUCAUUUGGCAGACUAUUAUGCCAAAGUUGGUCGCGUCGCUGAGAGUGCACCCUACUGGGAACGCUCACUCGUGCACACGCCCCGCACUGGCCUCAAAGCAAAGCUGCAGGAAGCGAGACUGCUCAUGUUUCUUGGUCGGUACGAGCGUGGAUGCGCAUUAUACGACUUGGAAUUGCGCCAGUUCCCUGGGAGCACCCACCUCCUCAAUAAUAUGGGUGUGUGCUACAUGCACAUGCGCAAGUACGACUUGGCGAAGCAAUCCUUUCAGAGGGCGAUAGACUAUGGCCUUGGACUGUCUGGAAAGCAUGGCGCCGACACCGAGACCCCACAAGUCAACUUGAAGCAGUUGGAAGGAUGGGAUGGCCAAGCUAAUUACCACGCCCACUUAAUGUGGUAA